AUGUUCGCCAAAGUGAUCAUUUUCGUGGCCAUCGCCGUUGCCUGCGCCGCCGGUAAGCCCCUGACGGCAGCUGUCGUUGCUGCCCCGGGUGUCGUGACUGCCCAGAGCUCGCAGGUCUUUGCCAGAAACUACAACGGAGUGGCCGCUGCAUACACUGCACCGGCUGUUGUCUCGGCGGCUUAUACUGCUCCAGUGGCCGCUGCCUAUACCGCUCCAGUGGCUGCCGCCUAUACCGCUCCAGUGGCCGCCGCUUACACCGCCUACAGCUCACCAGUUGCUGCCGCCUAUACUACGGCACCAGUGGCCGCUGCGUACAGUGCUCCCUUCGCGGCUGCGUACACCGCUGCGAACUACGCCUCGUACUACCCGUAUGUGCUGUAA